AUACAUAUUCUUGAAUAAAUCAUUACAACAUUAAAAUAAUAAUUUUUACUUUGCCCUUACUUAUUUUUUGUUGUUAAGAUUAAUAAUAAAACACAUAAUAAAGUUGAAUUCCUUUUUUUUUUGUUAUUUUUUUCCUGUUUUUGUUUUUAACUGAUUUACUUUAAACCAAAACUAAUUUUUCAAGAGAAUAAAGUCAAUAUAACUUAAAAAAAAAUGAAUUAUAAUAAUAAAGAAUCACUCUCUGUCUCUUUAAUUUCAACCAAAUGUGAUGAAAAGCUGGGUUCAGCUUACACUGACUGUUCUCAAAAAAAUGAUAAAACGAGUUUACUAGAUGAAAAAGCAAAUUGUGAUAGUCAAUUUAAUUUUGAUAAAAAGUUAUUAAAUAGUUCUAAGUCAACUAAAUGUUCAACUAGAAAAAAAAAAUAUAAAUUCAUUGAAUUCCUCAAGGAUUUUUUCUUGAAUAAAUUAUACUUGGAAAAAUUAAUUAAUCUUUUCACAAAAUCUUCAUCAAAGCACAAUUCAAAAAUGGGUCGUACCAAUAAGAGAACCAAAUUAACUAACAAUCAAAAUGCUGCUAGUCAAUCUAUUUCUUCUCACAGUUAUGGUCCUAAUGCUUCUUAUGUUUCCCCUGCUGCAACUAUCUCAGCAUAUCCAAUUAAUUCUCCUGAAUAUCAACAAGAAAAACAAAGAUUAAUUGCUGAAAUUCGUUAUAUGAUGUAUGACAAAGAAAGACUUAGGGAAUAUUUUGACCAACAAAUUGAACUGAUUUAUGAACAAAACAAUCGAAAAAUUGAUAAUCUUAUGGCUCAAAUGGAUCAAAUGAGAUAUGAAAAUGAAAAAGAAAUUGCUAAAUUACAAGGAAUUCUUUCUAGCUAUGAUUGAAAAAAUUUGAAAUUUUAUACCAAUUGAUUAAUGCUUCAAUUCAAAUUACUCAUUUACUACAUAUUUGGGUGUCUUUUUUUGUUUUUAUUUUUUCAUUCCAUUAUUAUUAAUGGUUUUAUUUUCUAUCUUAAAAACAUUGUUUUUUGUUUUAUUUUUUGUUUUAUUUUUUAAAUUGAAAAGUUCGAUGUCAAAAAGUUGUUAUCAAAUUAUAUUUUAUUUUUUUUUUUUGAUCAUGCUCUGACUUCUGUUCAAUACUUAUCUUUGCAUUUCAAAACACCAUAUCAUAUCAUAUUAUAUCAUAUCAUAUUAUAUCACAUUACAGCUGCUUAUUGGUUCAAUUUGAAUUGAAAUUUUCAAUACUUUCUUUUAUAUAUUAUAACAUUGUUUUUUUUUGUUCUUGAAAAAUUUAUAUUAUAACAUUUCUAAUCAACAUUACUUUCAACCACUUUGCAAAUCUCAAAAAUACAUAAAAAC